GCAAGCCCCCUGGCGCCGAGUCGACAACUAAUGAUCAGUGCUGCCUUGUCUACCGCAGAGUGCGUAUCGUCACUGUGAACUGUGUUUACACAAGAAACAACUGCGUCAGUGUUUACCUAGUAGUUACAAGUUUCUUCUUUAAAACACGUGAAAAUGGCUGACAGUGGUCUCAAGAGAAAUAUCCCAAUCAAAUUAGGUGACUUUUCUGUCAUCGAUACUGAAUUUUCAAGCAUCAGGGAGCGCUUCGACGCUGAAAUGAGAAAGAUGGAAGAAGAGAUGAGCAAAUUCAGAUCAGAACUCAUGAACCGAGAAAGUAACAAUUUCUUCAAGAGCACAACAAGUUCCACCACAUCCUCACAGCACAGCGACAGCAGACAGUUGGCUGAGCCCAGCCAUUGGGAUAGCCUCAACUCGCCUCUCAUCCAGGACGAGGGAGACGGCAAAUCCCUAAAGCUUCGCUUCGAUGUCAGUCAGUACACCCCCGAAGAGAUUGUCGUAAAGACAGUUGAUAACAAAUUGUUGGUGCACGCUAAGCACGAGGAGAAGUCCGACACAAAGUCUGUGUACAGAGAGUACAACAGAGAGUUCCUGCUUCCCAAGGGCACUAACCCUGAGGCCAUCAAGUCUUCGUUAUCCCGCGACGGAGUCCUAACCGUGGAAGCGCCCCUCCCGCAACUGGCUAUCACCGAUAGAAACAUCCCCAUUCAACAGAAACACUGAACGAAGGCAGCUUAGCCACAACAGCAGCAAUUCCAUACUACUGUUAAUAAUUUAUUGUAAUUUAUGUUUGUAAGGAGUAUUUGCGAUAUUCUCUGAUAUUUAUUUAGACUUAAAAGAGAAUCUCAAAAUUUAUUAACACUAUUUUAAUUGGCCAAUUACUUGAGAUAUUCCAACUUCAACGUAGAGAACAGAGCAUACUGCACUGUCAUUUGGAUGUUGCUUUAUAGUGACAUUGCUUUCACUGUGAUUAUUAGGAAUGUGUGCAUUCAUUUCUAUGCAUUUCCGUUAUUUUGGAUAUUCAGCUGGUAUUUCUCAUUAAAAUUUAGAUUAAAUUUAACUCAUAAUAUGAUUAUAUCGUCAAAUAAAAUCUGAGUACAGCAUUUAAUGGGAGCUUAAACAAAAGUGUUCAUUGAAAACUUAUGUAUCAAAAGUACUUGAUAUUAAUAAAAUGGAAUAGAUAAAAAUAAAAUUAAUAAAAUACGGUAAAUACAACGAGAAUAACAACAAAAGUGUCUUAUUUACAUAAUAAAGGUCAAUAAUUGCUUAACAUUACCUGCUAUCAGCAGUGACAUUUAGAUACACCAAUUAAACAGCUUAUAACUUGAUACACAUUUAUAUUUUAGUACAAACCGUUGUUAUGAAAGUUUUAGAUGUCAAUAAAAUAUAAAACCAGCAUUU